AUGGACCCAAAACUAAACGACUUGCUUCAUUGGGCCGUAGAAAACACCAACAGGCCGCAGGCCGAAAAUCAAACACGAGUGGCAAGUACUGCCGUUGCACCCGUACCGUCUUCUGACCCCAUUCCGCUCUCAAUCACCUACAACCCCCACGAAUCCAGCCAAGUUCAGGCUCCAACUGCCCCCAGCAAGAAACUAGACACCGGGGUACUCGACGCCAUACUGGGUAGGACUGAUGCCGUCAGAAUGAGAGAAGCCAUGGGCAUCUUCGAAGAUCCCAAUAAACCAAUCCAAGAGCGCUGCAAUGCUGGUGAAGAACUAGAAGACUUGAUUCAGGAUCUCGAUAACGCCAAUGAUAUGGAGGUCUUGGGAUUUUGGCCAAAGUUGAUUACCUUGUUGGAAUCGAAUCCCUCUGGAUCUGACGAGAAUGAUUUGAUCAAAUUUCACACCUGUUGGAUCUGUGGAACCGCUGUUCAGAAUAACCCAAAAUCACAAAUCGCGUUUUUAAAACGAGAUCCUCUGCCGACGAUUCUAGAGAUUUUAUGUCAUGCGUCCGAGGCCACUCAAGCCAAAGCGAUGUACUGUCUAAGCUCGACCUUGAAGCAUGCUCCCGAGGAGACGCAGGUGAUGAAGAAGUUCUCCGAAGCGCAUGGCUGGGAGGCCUUGCACGAUUGUCUGCGAGGACCGUCGAUGACACUCCGGCGCAAGACGGUGUUUUUGAUCAAUACCUUGGUGCUUGAAGAGUCUCUGGACUUGGAAGAACUUAGGUCCGCCGGUCUGCUCAACACCUUGAUCGCUUCCCUUUCCCCUUCAAGAGCAAUCCCAGCUGGGAAAGAUGGAGACCUCAGCUCGCAGGAUGAAGACUAG